GUUUGCCUUACCUUGAGGAUUGCAGACAUUAAGAUUUGAGAAGCCCUAAAAAAAAGAAUGUGGAUGAAUUCAGGGAUUUGAACCCGACGUGAAUCGAACACGCAACCUUCUGAUCUGGAGUCAGACGCGCUACCAUUGCGCCACGGAUCCACAUGUUGUUUAUUUCUAUACUUAAACAUACUUGUUCGAGAUUACAUCUUCGAAACCAAAACACACUAAGCGCGAAGAAAUACGUUCAAAUUACACACACAAAGCUCUACUUUGUUCUUUGAAAAUGAACGCAAACAGCACGCAAUCGAAGAAGUUGGAGAUUCCAAUAAACGACGCCGUUUCCAGAAUCCGAUUUGCAUCUCACUCUAACAACCUCCUCAUUUCAUCAUGGGACUCUAAUCUUCGUUUAUAUGAUUUCGACGCCUCUGUGCUCAGACUCGAAGCUCCUUCACAAGCUUCUCUUCUCGAUUGUUGUUUCCAAGAUGAUAAUGACUCCGUUGCUUUCACUGCUGCUUCUGAUGGAUUCAUCCGAAGGUAUGACUUGCAUUCUGGAAUUAUUGACCCAGUGGGUAGUCACGAUGACAUGGCAACAUGUAUUGGAUAUUCCAAUGAAACAUGUCUGUUAAUUACAUCUGGGUUUGACAAGAAGUUAUUGUCAUGGGACGUUCGUAUGAAGAAGGCUUUUUCAUUAUCGAAAAGUCUAGAUGCAGAGACGGACACCAUGUCUGUCUCUGGGUUUUUGGUUACUGUAGGCAUUGGAGCAUCUGUCCAUGUUUAUGAUUUACGUAACUUCGACAAACCAAUUCUAUCAAUGGAGCCUUGCAAUGGCACCCGAUUGAGAUGUGUCAGUUCAAUUCCUUAUGCAGAAGGAUUUGCAGUUGGAUCAGUGGAUGGACGGGUUGCAUUGCAGGUUUCCAAUUCAUCCAAUUCAAAUGACAUUGGAUAUACAUUCCGGUGUCAUCCAAGAUCAAAAGAUGGUCAGCAUCAUUUGGCAUCAGUGAACGACAUUGCGUUCAGUCCACUUGUGUCUGGUGCUUUUGUCACUGGUGAUGAUGAAGGUUAUGCUACCAUAUGGGAUGCUAGAAGUAGGAAAAGGCUAGUUGAGUUUCCCAGGUACUCAAAUAGUGUUGCAUCCUUAUCUUAUAACCAUUCGGGACAACUUCUAGCUGUAGCAUCAAGUUAUACUUACCAAGAAGCAAAAGAAAUAGAAGAGCCUCCACAAGUGUUUAUCCAUGAAGUGGACAACAUUGAUAUCGGAUCAAGUUCUGCUCGGAGGAAACGUUAAGGAUUGACAAUAUGCUUGCCAAAAGUAACUAUGACGACACAGAUUUGAUGAAAACCUCAAGGAAACAUCUAAAGGUGGAGUAGAGCAUAACUUGAAAAGAUUGGAAAGACCUUUGAGAGAAAGAGGAUCAAAGAGGCACUAGAGAAAGGGUGACUACUUUGAUGAAAGAAUUUUGUAAGGAUGCCUCGGCCUAGUUAUUUGAUUUCUUCCAAGCCCAUUUUGUAAGGAUGCCUCGGCCUAGUCUUCUUUGAGGGAUAUAUUCCCUUUUAAUUUAUUUUUUUAGUUGAUGCCAUGUGUAAGAGAAUAUAGUAUUUCCUCCCCUUAAACUUAGCUAAAUUUAGGAAUAUAAUGUAAGCCAAUGUGCAGUCCUAGUAAUUGGAGCCUAGUAUGGCCCGUUUUAGGAAAUACAUAAGACUUACCUUAGUAAGCUUUGGUGACUUUAUUUGUCUUUUAGCUUAGAAUGAAUGAAAUUUCUCAUUUGAGAAUUGAGUAGAGCAUAUUGUCUCCCCCUAAUUUAUUGGAAUAGAGUUUAUUGAAUUAUAUCAAUGACAUCCUUAUUGUUGUGGUGUUUC